AUGGACGGCGGGGUAGAUUACACGAAGGGCGCGGAUGACCAGUGUGGCAACAUCUUCGACUCUCAGCUCCCCUCUGACCUCCUCUCCUCCCCCAUCCUCACCCACUUGGGCUGGUGUGCGCACGUCGAGCUUGCCUUUGACGCUAACCGCGCUGUCUUCUCCCCCGCGCCUGCCAACGAGUCCCCGCUCCCAGCGGUCCCGUUCACAUACAACAAGGACCAGUACACGGAGCUCCCUGGACUCCUCGCCCUCCAUGUCAACCGGGGCGGCUACGAGGGCCAUUGCGCGCACCUCGCCCUUUGGGCGCCCACCUUCCUUGCCUUCAACGGUCUCCCCGGUCUCGCCGAGUUCACCACGCCCUCCAGCAGGCCCUAG